AUGGUGGUAACAGAACCAUCAACGAACGAUGAUAACGACGCUGAAUCGAAAACUUGCGGGAAGAUAUUGGUGGUGCUGUCCUGGAUUUUGGUUAUUGUUACAAUGCCAUUUUCACUCUUUAUAUGCUUCAAGGUCGUUCAGGAAUAUGAAAGGGCCGUUAUAUUUCGCUUAGGACGUUUGCUCACCGGCGGCGCUAAGGGUCCAGGAAUAUUUUUCAUUCUACCGUGUAUCGACUCCUACGCGCGCGUAGAUCUACGUACGAGAACAUACGAUGUGCCACCGCAGGAGGUCCUCACCAAAGAUUCCGUUACGGUGUCUGUCGAUGCAGUCGUGUACUAUCGCGUACACAAUGCCACAAUAUCCAUCGCUAACGUGGAAAACGCCCACCACUCCACCAGGCUCCUAGCUCAGACUACGCUUCGUAAUACCAUGGGGACUAGGCCGCUGCAUGAAAUAUUGAGCGAACGCGAAACAAUUUCAGGCAACAUGCAAAUCUCGUUGGAUGAGGCGACUGAGGCUUGGGGCAUAAAGGUUGAGAGAGUGGAAAUUAAGGAUGUUCGUCUUCCGGUUCAACUCCAACGCGCUAUGGCUGCUGAAGCGGAGGCUGCUCGUGAGGCUCGUGCUAAAGUAAUUGCAGCUGAAGGAGAGCAGAAAGCUUCUCGAGCUUUACGCGAAGCUUCCGAGGUUAUAGGCGACAGCCCUGCUGCAUUACAGCUGCGCUACCUUCAGACCCUGAACACGAUAUCUGCUGAGAAGAACUCUACAAUUGUGUUCCCGCUGCCGAUCGAUCUUCUGACUUACUUCAUUAAAGCCAAAGAAGAAACGACCGAGUAA